AAGCCUGGACAUCACAGACAACAGAAGGUGAAGAGGUCUCUGGGAAACAAAAAGUCUAAGCAAUGUGAGGAGGUGGAAACCACUGGCCUAGGACUGCACAGUAACUAUGAUGAGACAACCAGCAAUGUUUCUUCUGCCUCACCUGAGAGUCAAGUGAAUGGAAGCACAGAGUCUAGAAGCAAGAGGACCAUUCGCAGGCCUGCAUACUGGCUGGAAAUGAGAGGAAUAAAAAACAGUACUAAGAAAUCUUCAGAAAAGAAAGGAGAAGUACAACUGAAAGGCAAGAGGAAAUCUGAGCAAGGGCAAGGCGAAGAUCUUAAGGAUUCUCCCAAGAAGAAGCAGAAGAUUUUGGGAAAGAAACAGCAAGAUGGAACACAACAAAACUCCAAAACUAAAAGCCGCUGUUCUAAGAAAGAACCAGAAACCUAUGGUGCAGGUAGCAUAGAAGAGCAGUGGUCUUUGGAAAUUCAGGACAAAGGUCGAGUUACCUGUCCAACAUGCCGGGCUGUGGUGAGAAAGACUGUAGAAGGACUGAAGAAACACAUGGUAAAUUGCAGGCAGGAAUUUUUCACAUGUCAUCACUGUGGGAAGCAGCUGAAGUCCUUAGGAGGGAUGAAAUACCAUGUCAUGGCAGAUCAUAACAAUCAGCCACUCGUGAAAGAAGGAGGAGAGCUGGAUGAGCAGCUUGAGCGGGAUCGUCUUCGGAAGGUUCUGAAGCGAAUGGGAAAGCUGAAGUGCACAAGGGAGGGCUGCACAGGGAGCUUCACAAGCAUAAUGGGAUACCUAUAUCAUGUGAAAAAAUGUGGGAAGGCUGCUUCUGAGCUGGAGAAGAUGGCUAUGAAGUGCCACCACUGUGGAAAAGCAUACAAAUCAAAGGCAGGGCUUGUCUACCACCUGCGAUCCAAGCACGGGCCAGUCACUUUCCUCCAUGAGGAGAGAAGAACAGAGAGCUUGAGGGAAGCAAAACGGGAGCCAAGUGACACGGGCAGAGUUCAAAGGAGAUCUGCAAAGGUGGCAAUCUACUAUCUCCAUGAGCUAGCUGGAGAAGAGCUGGCCAAAGAAUGGCCCAAGAGAAAGGUUCUGCAGGACUUGAUUCCAGAUGACCGGAAGCUGAAAUACACUCGACCUGGGUUGCCAACGUUCAGUCAAGAUGUUCUGUGCAAGUGGAAAACAGAGAUAAAGAUGUACCGAAGAGUCCACUGCCCAAAUGAGGGUUGUGAAUCUGUGUAUGGCAGUGUCUCAGGACUCAAAUCGCACCUUGGCACGUGUACCUUGGGAGACUUCGUGGCUGGUAAAUACAAGUGUCUCCUGUGUGACAAGGAGUUCAUUUCAGAGAGUGGGGUCAAGUAUCACAUCAACUCUGUGCAUUCUGAGGACUGGUUUGAUGUGAACACAACUACGACCAAAAGCUUUGAGAAGCUCAUGAAAAUCCGCCAAAGAGAAGAGCAGAAGAAGCAACGGAAGAAACGUCCUUUGACCCGGAGCAAAAAGAAGAGAACUGGGACCCUGGCUGCCAAGAAGCUUCCCACUGCUGGAGCUGAAAAAAUGAGGAGUAAGAGAGGUCGUCCACGGCAGGUGGACAAUGAGAGUGUGAGCAGUGAUGAGGGGGAGCCCCAGAUUGCACAGAGAGCCGAAAUUCCAAAAACCAGCCGCAAGCGAGGCCGGAAGUAAACCCCUGGAAGAUAAGGAGUAAUCCUAAAGCUUUUCAGUUACAAGCCCCACUCCAGUCAGUCUCAUAACCCACAGC